AUGGAUCACGCGGUGCACGCGGCCCGUGGCCGGCCGUGGAACAAGCUGCGGUUCGAGAACAACGAGCUCGAGAGCCUGUACCAGCGGUACACGCUCAAACUGCAGCGCUUCUCCGUGACCGGCGUCGUCGCCCUGGUGGUGAUCCUGUGCGGUGUGAUGGGCGGUCUCAGUCUCGGUUACAACCAGGCUCCCACGCUACACAACGUGUUCAACACGUUCAUGUGCUUGCUGUUCACGAUCGUGCUGGGGUUGCUGCAGUUUCGGCUGAUACGGGACUCGCGCCUACCGUACCUGUGCUACGGGAUCCUGUUCUUUACCGCCGCGUUCUGCUUCAUCUCGAUGCCGACGGUCGGCAUCGUGUUUCCGGUCGACACGCGCGAGGUGAUGGCCGAGGGCGUGUGGCAGAUCGUGUUCGUGAUCUUCCUCGCGUACGCCAUGAUGCCGCUGCAGAUCUGGGAGGCGGCCCUGUUCGGGCUGAUCCUGCCGUCGAUCCACGUCGGGCUCACCGGGUACAACAUCUACAUCGGCAACUUCCAGUACCUUGCGUACCAGCAGCUGGCGGCCAACAUCGUUAUCUUCGUUGGCGUGAACGUGGCCGGCUUCGUGGUGAACGUGAUGAUGGAACGGGCCCAGCGGCGUGCCUUCCUCGAUACGCGCAACUGCAUCGCCGCCCGCCUCGAGAUGGAGGACGAGAACGAGAAGCUGGAGCGCCUGCUGCUGUCGGUGCUGCCGCAGCACGUCGCGAUGGAGAUGAAAAAUGACAUCCUGUCGCCGGUCGAGGGCCAGUUUCACAAGAUCUACAUCCAGAAGCACGAGAACGUGAGCAUCCUGUUCGCCGACAUCGUCGGCUUCACGGUGCUGGCGUCGCAGUGCAGCGCCCAGGAGCUGGUGCGGCUGCUGAACGAGCUGUUCGGGCGGUUCGACCAGCUGGCGCACGAUAACCACUGUCUGCGCAUCAAAAUCCUCGGCGACUGCUACUACUGCGUGUCGGGCAUCCCGGACCCGCGGGCCGAUCACGCGCGCUGCGCCGUCGAGAUGGGCCUGGACAUGAUCGACGCGAUCGCGUCGGUCGUCGAGCAGACGGACGUGUUCCUGAACAUGCGCGUCGGCAUCCACUCGGGGCGCGUGCUCUGCGGGGUGCUGGGGCUGCGCAAGUGGCAGUUCGACGUUUGGUCGAACGACGUAACGCUCGCGAACCACAUGGAGAGCGGCGGCGAGCCGGGCCGGGUCCACGUGACACGCGCCACCCUCGACGCGCUCGGCGGCGAGUACGAGGUGGAGGCGGGCUACGGCGACACCCGGGACGCGUACUUGCGCGACAACCAGAUCGACACGUACUUCAUCGUCCCACCGGCGCACCGACGGAAGCCUCUGAUGCUCAACACGCUCGGUGUCCGCUCGGCACUGGGGGCAGCCAACCGACGCAAGCUGUCGUUCCGGAACGUCUCGAACGUGGUGGUGCAGCUCCUGCACACAAUCAAAUACUCGGUACCGGUGCCCUUCUCGCACAUGGCCACCGGCGGUGGCGGUGGAUCGCCGUAUCCCAGCACCAGCGCAGGGGCCGUCGGCGGUGGCCCAGGAUGCAGUGGCGCGGGGGGCGCCGGUGCCACCAGUAGCUCCAACGGCGCCGGCGGUGGAUUGUUUUUGGACAAAAACGCCCGAAAGAACAAGGUGACGGAUAAGUUUAAACGGCCGUUCAAGAAGCGUCACUCGAGCGUUUACCAUCAGCCCACGAAUCGCGUCAACAAGUUCCUGUCGCAGGCGAUCGAGGCGCGCAGUGUCGAUCGGGAAAAGUCCGUGCACGUGAAGCGCAUCUCGCUGCAGUUCCGCGAAAAGGAGAAGGAACGCCAGUACCAUCAGGAUUUUGAUCUCGGCUUUACGACCGCGAUGGGCUGCAGCUUGCUGUUGCUCAUUCUGAGCGCCGGCUUGCAGAUAUCGGCGCUGCCACGGACGCUCAUCCUGUUGCUGCUCUUCUUGACCGCGUUCGUGUGGAUUAGCGCCAUCUUGAUGUUGCUGCUGGCGGUGCGGCUGAAGUGGAUCUUUUGGGACUUGUCGCAGAGCUUUUCGCUUCGGCUGGCCAUCACCAUCUUCACGAUAGUGCUACUCUACUCGGUCGGCCAAGUGAACGUGUUCACCUGUUUGUCAGAUCACCCGUGCACAACGAACUUCACCACCAAAAGCGUACACGUGGAAUCGACGGGCGCGGCCGACGACUUGUUGUUGAGGUCGGCUGACCCCGGUUCCCCCGUUGGCGACCAGGGCGCGUGGUCCAGCCAGCCACUGAACAACUACAGCCACCGGAAGUGUGCUCUCCCGCAGUACAUCGCACUGUCCGCUGCCUACUCCUUUCUGACGGUUUCCAUCUUCCUACGGCUUCCCAUUUUGAUCAAAACGGUGCUGGUCACACUGAUGGGCCUGGUCUACUGUCUGUUCAUCGAACUAUCGCACGCUAACAUUUUCGACUGCUACGACCAGCGCGUGGAGUCCGCAAUCCCGCUGCACACGAUCUCGGUGGCGCGCAUUUUGAUCUUCAUGAUCGCGAUCCUGGCGCACGGGCGGCAGGUCGAGUGGACGGCCCGGCUCGACUUCCUGUGGCAGCUGCAGGCGUCGCAGGAGAAGAAGGAAAUGUCGGUGCUGCAACAGUCCAACCGGCGCAUCCUGUACAACCUCCUACCGUCGCACGUGGCCGCCCACUUUCUCGACAACCAGUUUACGCGCAGUAACAUGGCUACGAUGCGGCAGGAUCUGUAUCACCAGAGCUACAGCAAGGUGGGCGUUAUCUUCUGCAGUGUGCCAAACUUUCACGAAUUCUACACCGAGCUCGACGGCUCGAACCAGGGUGUGGAGUGUUUGCGCCUGCUGAACGAGAUCAUUGCCGACUUCGACGAGCUACUGUGCGAGGAGCGCUUCCUGGCGAUCGAUAAAAUCAAAACCGUCGGCAGCACGUACAUGGCGGCCGUCGGGCUAAUACCGGACUACAAGAUGCUACCGACCGAGCCCGGCUCGACGCGCAAGCUGAUGAUGGCGCUGGUCGACUUCGUGAAGGCGAUGCGCGUCACGCUCAAGAACAUCAACGAGAACUCGUACAACAACUUUAUGCUGCGCGUCGGCGUCAACAUUGGCCCGGUGGUGGCCGGUGUGAUAGGGGCGCGCAAGCCACAGUACGACAUCUGGGGCAACACGGUGAACGUGGCGUCGCGCAUGGACUCAACCGGGAUACCGGGCUACACGCAGGUCACCCAGGAGGUGGUCGACAGUCUGCAGGGAUCGCACUUCGAGUUCCGCUGCCGCGGGCAGAUCAAGGUGAAGGGCAAAGGUGACAUGGUGACGUAUUUUCUGUGCGAGCAGAACGAGCACCUAUUCGGUGGGCAGCUGGCGGUGACCGGUGGCCCGGGAAGUGCCAACGGGCCAACGGUUGGCUCAGCCGGGACCUCUAUACCCGGAGCAGGUGGAUUGCCAGUCGGGGGAGGUGCGGCUGGCAGCGCGGGCUCUGCUGCCACGGGGCAGCUUAUGCUGAUGGGAGCGAUGAACGGUGGUACGGCCGGUUCGCUGGCAAGAGAACGUUCCGUAGGCACGUCCUCGGUUCAGCAUCAUUAUACGGGCGAAACGGUACACCACGUGGUACACCACCACCUACAUAACAGUGCAGCGUCAGGAGCGUCGCAGAGCUACUAUCUCAAGCAACGCACCACCGCCACCACCACCACCGAUCAAGAGUCGACCUUGGGCAGUGGUGGAAGCAAGGCGGGAGGUAAAUGGCAACACGCGCACGAUGGUGGUAGUUACAGCAGCAGCAAAAAGGAGAGCUACAACUUUCUCGAAAGUCCCAACCUGCUGCAUCAUCAGCAGCAACAGCAACAGCUUCACCAGAUGCAGCAACUGCAGCAAGCGCAAGCGGCUCAGGCGGCGGCCAAGCAUCUCUUCCACUACCAGCAACCUCAGGAGCAGCAACAACAGCAACCACAACAACAGCAGCAACAACAACACCAUCAUUUUAACCACUCUAAAGGUGCUUACAAGCAGCAUAACAACAUCCACAGUGACCUUAUUAGUGCUUCUGGUGGCGCUUUCGUCGGCAAUGGCCACUACGCCACGCGUGGCAACGAAAAUGGUGCCCAUCACCAUCGUCACCAUCGACAGCAGCAGCCGCAGCCGCCACCGCCGCCGCAGUACCGCCAGCCACAGACACAACCCGGCGGCGGUGGGCAGGGUAUGCCUCUUCCUGCGAGCUACAACAGUAGGGAGAACUUUAACAUCAUCGAAAACCCGAACGUCACCGAUCUGGAUGAGAAUGGUUUCAGCAACCGCCAACAGCAUCAGCAGCAGCAGCAGCAGCAGCAGCUACUGCAGAGAGAUUAUACAAACAAUGGGCACAAGGGCAGAAAUCAUCAUCAGCAGCAGCACCCGCACCCGCACGCCGGUAUUAGCCACAAUUCCAGCAACCGGGGAGCGUACGUUAGUGCAGCGGAAAACGAACCACUGCUCGGCGGAACGGUCGGCGGGGGCAACGUAGUUGGGAACGCGAUCAUCAAGCCGAUCCAGCAGAUUCAACAGAUUCCCAAGUACGAACCGCCACGCUACGCGACCGGCUUGUCCGCCUUUCCGCACGCCAUCAGUGGCGGGUGCUACGGUGCCGGUGCCGGUGGUUACGGCAUCGUAUCAUCGCAGCGCGGUGCAGCGCCACAGACCGCCACACCGCCACCGCAGUCGUCGGCAGUACGUCACCAGUCGCAGCAGCAGGGGCAACAGUAUCAGCAACAUCCACAGUAUCCACAGGCCCCCCACCAUCAGCAUCAGCAGCACCAACGACAGGUGGCGGCGGCCGCGCUGCUCAAACAGUACAUCAAGCCGCUACCGAAGCUGCCGGCCGAGUUUGACGAGGGUCGCGAAAUGUCAUCAACCGAUGAUCUCAGCUCGCGGCCCCACUCGCCCUCAGUCAGCUCGUCCGACGAGAGCUACUCGAAGACCACCGAGGAGGGGGAAGAAUUCGACGGCGACGGUCCGCUGUCGCCCGUGCUGGGUGGACCGAACGUGACCGCGCAACCGAACGCGAACGUGCACAACCCGCUCCAGUUUCUGUACCCGUGCGACAUCCAGGUCGAUCCAACGCAAGCGUUGGAGCCCAAGCUGAGCCCGGUCGAGCUCGGCAACCUGCACGACUUUGAGCUUGCCAGCACGACGGCCGAAACGAAGUCCUCGUCGGUGCAAAAUCGAGGCGAAUCGUGCAACAGUUUCGAGUACCACGUGAAGGGUGCGCCACCGGUGCCGGCUGGUGUGAUCGGUGGUCCCGGGGGACCGGUGCCUUCUACCGGUGCCUUCCCAAAGUCUCCGUUCGAGCGCGAACUACAACGGCGCAUGAACGAAUCGCAGUCACGUCCGAUGCUGGCGCCCACGUCGAUUGGCGGCGAUGGGGGUUCGUCGUCAGCAGCCGUGCUAACAACCGCCGCCGUCGCAUCAUCCACCUCCGCCAACAAUGCAUCGCCUUGGGAUGUGUAUCAGUCGCGCAGCUUGGAACGGCUGUCUUCCGCGAGCAGCCACAGCCACGGUGGAAGCGGUAGUGGCGAGCCUCAGGACGAACCGCUCGAUCGCAAGAAGCACGUCAACAGCAUCCUCAUCGCCAAGCACCCGGGAACACUGGAGGCGAUUAAGGAGGCGACGCGCAACAAAAACCCAUCGGAAUCGAGUCAUAUGCAAACUUCCGACACGGAAUCGUGUGAAGUGUUGCACGACUACGAACUGAACGGCAUCGAGCGGUUGGCUGAGUUGCAGUCCCGAUUGCAGCUGGAUCCGUACCACCUCCCUCAACCACUGUCAUCACAGCAGCAGCAGCAGCAGCACCAUCACCAUCACCAUCCACUGUCACAACCGCUGCACCAGCGCCAUCUCAACGAGUACAAUAACAAGUCGAACGAAAGAUCGUCCAGCCUGGAGGCGACGGGCGAUGAUACCGAUAUGCGGCUGUCGGGCGAAGAGCGAGGCUACGAGGAGGAAGAAGACGACGAAGACGAGGAACUGGGCGGGGAAGAGGAUGACGACGAGAGUACGGACGAGAGAGAGUACGACGAAGAGCAGCAGAACGACAGUGGCGAGCGACGGCGGGAGCAUCACCGUGGCGCCGUGGUCUCCGGUCGCCCGCGGCCGAACCGGAAUGCACGGCGGGCAAGCAGCUCGGACGCGACUGGCGGCGGCGGCGGCCCGGUGGCCGGAGCGUCCACCGCCCGCAACUACAUCACGGACGAGCUAAAGUACGGCUCGGGGCACGGGCGCGGGGGCGAGCGGGACAACGGCAGCCAGCACAACAACAGCCACAGCUCGCUCCACAACCACCAGUCGCUGGACUCGAACCCCGUCGAGAGUCAGUCCGAGUGGAGCGAUGACGAGUGCCGGGAGGAAGCAGUCGGUGGUGCCGAAAGCACCGGCUACAUCACCGACGAGCCCGGGCUCGAGAACAUUUCGCUGCUCAACGAGACGGGCUUGACGGACGCCGAGGGUGCCCUGUCCGAUGUGAACUCACUGUACAAUGCGCCCGACGUCGACGAUACGUCGAUCUCGUCCCGUGCCAGCAGCCGGCUGCUGAGCCUCGACUCGCUCAGCGGUCUGUACGAUUGUGAGCUGGACUCGAAGCACGAGAUGGCGAUCGUGAGCGCGUCGCACAAAAUCUCCAGCAAGUUCGGGCCGAUUGGGUGAGAUCUUCGGGGUGCGGUGCCCUCGGUUGCGACGGACCCUCGGACCGCCGUGCCGCAGGGCUCGGAGCCACCCCAGCCGCCACCGUCGCCACCACCACCACCACGACGACGACCACCAACGCCACCACCGCCA